AUGCGAUUUUCGGUCUCGCACUGGCUGGCAGCGAGCGUCUUCGCUUUCAGUCUCGCUCCGCCCGUGGCCGCGGAACGGUUAUUACAAUCUCACGCCCUCAUCCCGUGUUCCAAUGACGGAAUCAUCUCGGUCAACCACUUCGAUAUUGUCUUCACUCCCAGCAACAAUAGUGCUCUGGUGAGCUUCGACGGGCAAGCCAACUACGCCGGCAAUGUCUACAUUGAUAUCGCUCUCUACGUCUACGGGUACAAGGCUGCCACGAAGAACCUCAACCCAUGUGCCUUGAACGUCGACGCCCUCUGUCCAUUACGGAAGGAUACGGCCUUGAAGAUCACCAACGUGCCGCUGAAUCUUGACGGAGUUGAUCUAUCCAUCAUCCCAGGUAUCGCAUACACUAUGCCUGACCUGGACGCGGUGGUGCGAUUACAGAUCAUCAAUUCCGAUACUGGCAAAAAGGUGACGUGUGUGGAGGCCCAAGUGAACAAUGGCGUGACGGUGGAUCAAGCGGGCGUGGCCUGGUCGAUGGCCGUUCUCAUCGGCAUUGGACUUUUCACCUCGGUCGUCUUGUCGAUUCUCGGCCGCGGCAAUCUCGCAAGUCAUGUCGCCUUCCGUACUUUGCUGUUCCUCAGCUUUAUGCAAAUUCAAGCGAUCUGGGGAUUGACGGCAAUCAAGCAUCGGCCGCUGGUGCAAUCAUGGACGCAAAUCUGGCAGUGGACGAUGGGGUUGGUGGGUGCUCGGGCUUUGCAGACAAUCGCGACAUGGUUCCAGCGUUCCACAGGCGGUACUCCGUCCAAGAUUCUGGCCCAAUUGAAUGAGUACUCGGUGAUUAUGCAGAAGCGUUCGAUGGUGGCCCGGUCGCUGGUCGCUCGGGCUACCGACUUGACGAAAAAUGGGGGUGAAGUCGAAGUUUCGGGCAUCGAGCGCGUGGGGAUUCGCAUCAAUAUCGAACCGUCCAACAUUUUCAUGACGAGUUACCUCUUCUUCUACUUUGUGACCGUUGUGUUCCUCUUGGUGGUUCUGGCCCUCAAACUGGUCCUUCCCCGAUUGAAGAAGACUGCCUUGCGAGAGAAGCCGGAGCGGACCGUGACAAACACGUCAGAUUGGAAGGACUUUAUGCGUGGUCAUCUCUAUUGGAUGGCCGCUCUCGGAUAUUCUCAGCUGUGUUGCCUCGGUCUGUGGGAACUUGUUCAUCAGGAUUCCGCCGCAGAGAUCGUUUUGGCGAUCUGCAUGUGGCUCACCAUGACCGCGGUUCUAUGCUGGGCGAUGUUCAAGGUCUUCCAGCGUGCUCGACUUUCUCGAACACUGCGACAGGACCCUGCCUACACGCUCUACUCCGACCCGGUCUGCUUAACGCGGUGGGGCAUUUUGUAUGUGAACUACCGGGCACGUACCUUCUGGUUCAUGGUGCCGAUGUUCCUCUACACCUUAGUCAAGGGAGCCACCAUCGCGUUCGGUCAGUCGAGCCCUCUGGCCCAGGCCAUUGUGCUCCUGAUUGUUGAGAUUGCCUUCCUCGUCGCCACAGCUGCGAUUCGACCGUUCAUGAGCAAGACAGCCAAUAUCUUUGCCAUCACUACCGCCGCCAUCAACUUCCUCAAUGCCAUCUUCUUCCUCUUCUUCACUGAAGUAUUUGGCCUACCCAUGCUGGUCAGCGGUGUUAUGGAGGUCAUCUUCUUCAUCCUCAAUGCGCUCUUCAUGCUCGCCCUCCUCGUUUACUUCCUGAUGGUGUUCUACAAUGUGAUCACCCUGAAAGAACCCACUGUGAAAUAUACCACGCUGCCGCAAGACCGAUCCUCCACCGUCCUCACCGAGGAUCGUCGGAUCACUGAACUGGAACCUUUGGAGAAGAAUCUGGCGGUUGAGGACGGUCAUGCGGUCUCGCAAGGGAACGAGUGGCAGCCCGCGUCAUCACGAUCGGCUUCCAACGACGAUAUCACACCAGCACCACACCAAGGAUUGACGGGCUCUUCCCAGCCCACACUUCCUUCCGUUUCAACAAGUGGCUCGGAUACGUCCGUACCACAAGCAUACACGAAACCUCACUCCGAAGAGCGUAUAGUCUAG